CUUUCGUCAUCCCAUCUUCCCAAGGGGCCUGCGACUAGCCAACAUUUACACUCAAAACAAUCGGCGAUACGCAACCGGUGAUGCCGUCUGGGGGUUGACGAACUCAACAAAUACGCCAUGUCCCCAAACGCCGCCCACCUUCCAUCUCCCACAGGCAUUUGCGAUCGGCAUGCGGAAUCCCGUCUCAGUCCAGCUAGCCAUUUCCGAAAAGCCCGAAUCCGCCUCACACUAGAAGUCAUGGUUCGUUGAAGGGGAACAAAACUAUCUUUCGAUCCUAAUCCUGGCAUGGGCAUACAUCAUGUCGGCACGUUGGGCUGAAAUGAUGCCCGGGGGGUGCAGAAUUCAGUAUCUGAUCCAACGGGCCCAAGAGGUUGAAUACAUGCCGUCGGGGAGGCAAGGGGCAGGCCAGCUCAAUGUAGUUGUGGACAUUGGUGACGCUACUCCAGCCGAAGCUCGCUGGUGGGCCGCCGUUCUGGCACCAGGCCGGGGCUGGUUGGCGGCCACGACUGAGGGCAACGAACCGUUCUGGUCUCCUUGGUCUACCCGGCUCCAAUCGGGGCCGCGAUUCUUUAUAUCGCGAAGGCCGAGACUGGAGGUGAAGUUUCCACCGCCAAUCAUACAGACUCCGCCAUCUCAGUCAGCGCUCUACUUCCUCAACAAGUUCUGCCUCCGUCACAACAUGGUGGCCCAGAGCCAUGCCGCGCUCGCCGCCGUUCUCCUCUUACCGUCGGUCCCAGAUAGCACAAAAGUACUCGGGGGCGCCCUGGCCGUUAUCGACUCGCUCGCCUUCGACAAACCCUUGGUGCUUGGCCGCAUGAUGAUGGAGCGGAAACCCCAGGUAGCCUUCCUGUGGAUCGGCGCAAUUAUACUGGGCUUGGACAAGGAACUGUUGACCAUCGUUCGGCGCGGUGACUUCCGCGCCAACCUAAACGCCGCAGCAUGGUCCGACUCGGAGCAGAGCUUCGUUCAAGAACCCGUCCGGGAGCCGCUCGUUGUGGACGGCAUGGUGACUCGGGCGGACCAGUGCCGAUUGCUGGCCACGUGGCAGACAUUGGGCCAUUUCGUGGCACCGGGGCCCCCGUGGGUGCCGCCCGGGUCAACAUGGUUCAAGCAUGUCGACCCGAGCGUCCUGCUCCAUUUUCGGUGCGGCGGGCAUAGGCUGCGGUUUCUGAAGUUCGUUUGGCACCCAGACCCGACGGUCGAGCCAAGAAACGCCCCCGGUAUCACAGCACAUGAGCAAGAGAUAUGGAUGGAGGAUUGGCGAGCGAUGAUGGGGGACAGCGAGGACGACAAGGACACCGAGGACGACAAGGACACCGAGGAGGAGGAGGACCCUGGGAGUGACCCGAGUUCGGAAUCAGACUCGGAGUAA